CUUGGCUUAACGUAGAGAGCUUGGCAGAGAAUACAGAGUUACUUCACGCUUUAGUCCGCGCACGCACAGAGCACUAUAUCCAAGCAUGGGCGGCCUUCGAUAAUUCACAACUCGAAAAUGCGUAUCAUCAUGGCAGUGUCGAGCUUUGCUUUAAUAAAAGCUGCAUCGGAAUGAAGAUUGAAGACUAUGGAACUAUGUACAAAUGAAGACCUGGGGCACACAAUUGGAUAAUGGCAGGCUAUCCUAGAGCAUCACUGAUCUUGGAAGCGGGAUAUGAGAUCUCGAAGAUGUUGCGCGCGGUGACCGAAAAGCUUGUGGUUGGACUAAGUCCGUCUUCAGGUACCAGAGACAGGUUUGGGAGCAUGGCAAGCAUGGCUAUUCAACCAAGCGUUUUUGUCGAGUCUGGUUCUAGGUACCUUGGCCGGCCAUUUGCCUCUCCACCUUCGUGUGCUAUUGAAGACCUGCUGUCCAUUGCUAGUGAUAGAGUAGAAUACACUUUUGGCCAUGUCACCCUUCUACAGACUGAUCCAGCAUUCCUACGAUGGUAUACACAAGAGCUCCUUGACAAUGCGUUGCUCAGUGCCGAGUGCAAGUCUAUGCCGGAGGUCUGUUAUGGCUUAGCUGCGGAACAUAUCAGUCGUGAUGUGGCGAACUUUUGGGUCUGGAAAGGGAUCGUCGGAGAGUUGAACUAUCUGAAGAGUGUCGACAACAGCAAACAUAACGAUCCUAGACUCCUGAGCGCCAUGGGUGCUCUUGAAUCUCUCAUCCUCCACCACAUCGAUCACUUAGAGAGACAUAUAUGCUCUUGUAUCCUUCAGAGACCUGCAUUCAAAGAUCUGUGGGACAUCAAGUACCCGGCUUUUGGAGUUGCCAAGACCAGUAACAAGGGAUUCAAAUCUGCACUGGACCUCUUCAAAAAGGAUCCGCUUCACUGGUGUUUAACGCAAAUCCUGACUAGCACCAAGACGAAGGAUGGUUUCGAUCAUGCCAUGCUGUUUGCCUUUUUGAAUAACCUCCUGUCAUCCAAGACCAUUAAAGAAGAGUCGAAAGGUCGAAUCGAUGAUGCACUCCUAGAAAAGUAUUCGGAUCUCGGGGCACUACACGAACUCCGCGAUCUACUUCUCAUGCAUAGAACUGGCCUCACCUAUCGAAACUUCGACGAUGCUAAGCUGAAGGAAACUGGACGAGCUUGGAGAUAUCUGUCAAAGGGCUACAAGGAGGGGAGCACCGUGCUUUAACCGAACAAGUCAAUUAGUCAAGCUUUGGCUCAAGUGGCUCGAAUGAAGGUUCCCCCAGCGAAAGACCAGAAGUACUACGACAUCGAAGCAGACUACCGUGAGUCGACAAAUGCGUUCUGGAUGGCCAUCCGAGAUAAUCAUCGAGAAAAGAUGAAGGGCUUAGGAAUCUCUGAAAGCGAUCUUGCUGCCGACAUACACGAUCUCUCUGCGGCCUCAGAAUCUACUCAUCUCCUCGAAUUGAACGAAACACGGAACCAGAUUGCUGUUGCUUUGGAGCAAGCCGCAGUGAAACGAUCCAUGAAGUCUAAGUCUACGUCAACAUAUAUCCCGCAAAAUCAGUGGGGCCCUGAGUCACAGUCACUCAAGUCUAAUAUUUUGUGUAAGGAGAAGGAGAAAACUCGAGGUCAGGACGAUUUAGUG